UUUAUAAGUCACUAGUAGUUUCGUGAUUUCAAAUGUUUGACGCACCAACGUAAUUAUUAACUGAUUCAUUGACUUCCAGACAGGACAGGCUCUCUUUGAAAUAACAAACGCAUCAACCGGUCUAAUAACCGGUCUUUCUGAGCCCGCCAGGGUCGUCGCACACUCACCCAGACUGCCACCAUCUAUUAACUAUCACGUAACCACAAGUGCACUCGGUCCAGUCGCUGAGACCCACCACCCACCACCCACUUACAAUGUCCCUCGAACCCAUUGAAGCCAAGAUCAGAGAAACUUCGGAGCGCAACUCGGAGCUGCUCAACAUUCUCCACCAGACCGAGAGCGCGGCCCCGGAUCUCGACGCACAGAACCACCAGGUCGCCGACCUCGAGAAGCAGGUCGCCCAGCAGGCCGAGAGGCUGAAGCAGAUCGGCUACAGGCGCAAGCAGGAGCUGAGAGAACAUGAGCACUACCGCGACAGCGUCCUGCGGCGCUUCGCCUUCAAGAUGUCGGGCAAGGCCGACAAGUUCGAGGCCAGGGCCGCCAAGGAGGAGCGCGAGUACUUUGACGUCCUGCAGGAGGAGCACCAGGCCGGCGUCAUGAAGAAGAACCUGGACGAGAUGCUCGCCGACGCCAGGACGGUGCGCGGCGAGCUCGAGGUCAGGGCCGCCACCCACGCCGAGGCCCAGAGGGAGCUGGACAGCCUGUACGAGUCCAUCUUCACGGGGCCGUCGCCCGGCUUCCCCGAGGAGGACCAGCGGGAGCGCGAGACGAGCAACGCCCUGCGUGCCUACAAGGAGGCCCGGUCGCGGGCAGAGGCAGACGGUCAGGUGGUCAGCAUCCUCACACAGGCCCAGAACCGGCUCAACGGCGCCCUGAUGGCGAUGGAGGAUGCCCUGCACGCGUCCCGGCUGGACAUGUACGGCGGCGGCACCUUCGCCGACAUGAUGGAGCGCAACGCACUCAACCAGGCCGAGAACCUCGUCCGGCAGGCCACCGCCCUGGUAACGCAGGCCCAGCGCGCUUCGCCCAUGGUCCGCCCCCUGCCCCCGGUCAGGAUCGCACAGGGGAACCUGCUCGGCGACGUCUUCUUCGACAACAUCUUCUCGGACAUGGCCUUCCACGAGAAGAUCCAGCAGUCAAACCUCGAGGUUCGCAACUGCGCGCAGUCCCUCAACAUCGACCUCAUGUCGGCCACACAACGACACAUGGAAACACUGCGCGAAGCAGACCAGAAGAACGAGGUGGUCAGGCAGGCCAGGGCGCGGUUACAGAAGGCACGGGAGAAUGUGUUUCAAAGGGUCAGUGGCAGGGUGGCGUCUUCAUCGCCAUCGCCCCCGCCAGUGCCGCCCCCUGAUGGACCACCGCCUAGUUACACAGAACGUGCUGAUGCUGUGGAUAACUGGUGGGAGAGAUGAGAAUGCGCCAAAAAAAAUUAGUUGAUCAAUUUCAAUCUACCUAGGUAGUCUCCCUG